GAGGGAGGUCCCGGCCCCGCGCCCCGCUGGGAAUCGGCCUUCGCCGUUGCGAUUGGGCGCCCAGUGGUGUGGGCUGAGAAUCGUGUGUGCGGAGGCCGCCGGGCGGGGGCGCUCGGCAGGCCUCGGGCGGCUUCGAAAGCCUAGCAGCCGCAGCCGCCGACCUCUGGGGCCUGGAUUUACCUCACAAAAGAGUACUUCAUUGUGAGGAAAAUGAGUCAUUCCCCAAAGACAUCAGUUACUGGUGUCCCCAAAUCAGAUAGUCCACGCUUGGGAAAAGGUCACAAAGUACAUUUGUCAAAUGCUAUAAAGACAAAGGGAAAACAACAAAAUAAUAAAGAUAUUUCAGCUCACAGGAUACAGAGAGUGUGGUUAUCUCAUCUUGACAAGUCAAUGUUUCAACUCCUUAAGUGUACAAUUUGUGCAGCGGAACAUCAUGUGACACGUGAAAUUUUGAAGAAAGUGAGCCCUUUUGAGGCUGAGCUUGUUAAAGAUCCUUGCUUGAAGUGUAAAGUUAGAUUCAGAUUUAGUGGUGAAACAUUUCCACCUUUCAUCGUGUUUAAAAUUUUUCUUCAUACUGAAGGCCUUGGUUACAAGUAUUUCAGUGGAAAAAAUGUAUUAAAGCCGUCAAGUGAGGCUGUGGUUGAUGCUUGUAAAAUAAUGGGGAAAAAGAAAUUUUAUCAUCAAAUUAUGGAAGAUGAACGUCUUUUCCAGAAGUUCAAAAUAACUGAUGAAAUAGAUAUUGUCACCCUGAAAGAUUACAUGCAAUAUUCCAGUCUUCUGGAUAAGAUCCCUGCAUCUUCUGGUGGCAGAAAUAACUACUGGCGAAGAUUAAAUCUCGAAAACAUUCCUAGGACAAUGAUAAUGUAUGACAUAGUUUAUUAUGCGGAGUCUGGAAUAAUCUCAAACCGUCUAAAAAAAGAAAUGAAGUAUCUAUUACAAAGACCAAAAACAGAAGAGAUGCGUCAGCACCAGCUACAGAUUGUUUCUCAAGUUAGGUGCCCUUCAUCCUUAUCAAAUCUUCAACCUUUAUAUCGGCCCUACCAACAGCAAAGUCAAAUUAAACACCUGGGACGUCGAUCCGAGCAAGCUCAAAUGAAAGUUGAAAAAAUGAAAAAAGCUUAUAAGAUGGCUAAAGAAAAAAUUGCUUCUGCGGGAACUCAACUGAAAAUGGACACACCGGGUACAAAGCAAAACGAGACGAUGGUCUUCUCCACCCCAUUCUUUGACAUUGUAAAAGUUAAUGAGCUCAUGUCAGAUGACGAAUUGGAAGAAGAGGAAAAGGAAUUAUUUGCCUGGUGUCAAGACUUGUAUAUUAAUAAUUCUCCAUCAUGUUAAAGCACAGCUAAUUGACAGAAAACCAGGUUAUUCAACAACCUGCUUGUCUGUCUAUAAAUGAUGAGUAUAUGCGUUAAAGGAAAACAAAACAUAAACAAGCACUCAGUAUGCUCUCCUAACCAAAUGUGUGACAGAUUUUAAAGCCCUUUUAGUAUUACCAUAGGUACAAGUAUUUUUUACUAACAGAAUUUUAAUCUAAAUAAAUUAAAUUAAAUCAACUAGAUGCCCUCAAACUAGCUGUAUAUGGUUUUGUUCAAGAAAUGGUAUUUCGUCCCUGGAACUUUUAUUCAAUUGUGAUUUUCCUUCAUUUAAAAAAAGUAUCGAACAGGCCAUGCUUAGCAUAAAUAUUAGAAUUCACAGAAUAAAAGGCUGCUCUUGAGUCAGCCUCCAGUGUCUUUUUUUUUUUUGUAGCAUGUUGUUUUUUACAGAACAGCUUGUGAUUGACCUAUUCUGAGUUAUAAUAAAAAUAAUAAUGAAUUUGUUGCUACAGUAGGCAUGACAUAGCAUACCUAGUCAUUACUGAGCAUUGUAAGCACCUGGGGCAGAAUGUUGCAUCUGCUUCAAUGUUGUACUUUUUUAAGUGUAAAGACUGUUUUGAGUAAUAUUUAUCAAUUUCCUUUUAAAUUGAUAAAUUCUCAUUCCUGAUGUAGUAUAAAUUAUUGAUAUUUUUUUUGAUCCAGGCUAUUAGAUUAUAUCAAACCUUACUUGAG